AUGGCUUCUAGGCUAGCUUCGGUGCAAGAACCUCCUCCUGUAGCAGUCCCAAACCCAGUGCCUAACUUGUUCCCUAAGGUUCGGGCUCCGAUCCAAGUGCCUUUGGUGGUACCUCAGGCAAACGGAACAGCCGUUGGUUUAGUUACUCAGGAGCAGAUUGGACCAUUCCAGCCCACUCACUUUGUUACUCUAGCCAACAUACAAGCUAUGCUCAAGCAAGAGCGCAACAAGAAACAACUUCCAUCUCUUCCAGACCCAGAUGUGAAGCCUCCAUACUCUCAGGAGAUAUUGACCAUGCCAUACCCAACUGGGUAUACAGUGCCCAAAUUCAUUAAGUUUGAUGGAAAACAAGGCAAUACCAGAGAACAUGUGGUGAGGUUCAUUGAAACUCUUGGCGCCCAUGGCAGUGACCACUCUCUGCGCCUUCAGGAGUUCUUCAAAUCACUUACUGAAAAGGCUUACAUUUGGUAUGUGAACUUGGCUCCCAACUCAAUCAAGAGUUGGAAGGAGAUGGUGAACAAGCUCCACACGAAGUUCUUCCAAGUCCAAGAGAAAGUUACAACCCUCACACUUGGGCGAGUUGUCCAAAAAGAAGGCGAAGAUAUACUGGACUAUGUUAAGCAGUUCCAAGACAAGGCUAUUGACUGUUAUGAGCCGGUGGAUAAGGCUCACUUAGUCAGCAUAUGUGUAGAGGGUGCCAUACGCGACUACAAAAGUUUUUUAGGGAACCAUAAUCUGCCUACAUUUUCAGCCUUGAUUGAGGCAACUAGAAACCUCAGAACCACUUGUCCUUUAUACAAAUCUCGUGACAGCCACCGCUACUCUCGCAGUAGUAGAGUUGCUGCGGUUAAAGAAUGGGUCGCUGAUGGUGAACUUACUUUGCCUCCGGUUGAUGUUACUCCAACCAAGAAGGACAAAGAAAGCCCAAAUUAUUGUGUCUAUCACAGAACCACCAGACACCCUACUAGGGACUGUUGGACGUUGAAAAGCAUUUUCAAGAAGAAAGUUGAUGCAAAUGAGCUGAAGUUCAAAGAUGCCAAUAAUCGUGACGUAAGGAAGGAUCCAUAUCCUAAUCAUAAGGAGAAAGUGAAGAAUGUACACAUGAUUGGCUAUCUUAGGCCUGUGCACGAUCAAGUGCACAUGGCAUCCUACUAUGAUGAGUUAGAAGAAUUUGCCAACAGCUAG